UGGUGACGGUUGCCGGGGCAGCGCGUGCCGGCGUCCGGAAGAAGGGGCGUCGCCGCGGCAGGGAGAGGCGGAGAGAGACCGCGGGCAGGAUGGCGGCUGAUGAAAGCUCGCAGGACACUCUGCGGCUCCAGUUCCAGGCGAUGCAGGAGAUGCAGCGCAGACGGUUCCAGAAGCAGAUGGAGAGAAAGAGGGAGAAGGAGCUGAGCCCCGAAAGCAGAGCUGACGGCCAGGAGGAGCCCUUGGAGGUCCCAGGUGGCCUCGGCCUUCUCCAUGCUGGGGAGCCACACUCGAAAAACAGCUUUGAGAAGAGGGUGCUUGAAGAUGAGAUUGAACACCUUCGAAACGAGCUCAGGGAAACAGUGGACGAGAACGGGCGAUUGUAUAAGCUGCUGAAGGAAAGGGACUUUGAAAUCAAACACCUCAGAAAGAAGAUGGAAGAGGACAGACUUGCCUUCACAGGGACAGCUGGUGUAGCUGGAGAUGUGGUCGCCACCAAAAUUGUGGAGCUAUCAAAAAAGAACCGGGUGUUGAUGGCAGAAUCAGAGGGUGCAAAAACCAGAGUGAAGCAGCUGACCAAUCGCAUCCAGGAGCUGGAGCGGGAACUGCAGUCAGCCCUGACCAGGCCGCCAGCCAAGGGAGCCGCCGAUGCGGGAGCCAGGCCGCCGAGGACGCGGACAGGAGACGGAGCAUUGCGGGAGACCCCAGAGGUGAAGGCCCUGCAGGAUAGGCUGGCGGCCACCACCUUGAAGAUGAGUGACCUCCGUAACCAGAUCCAGUCUGUGAAGCAGGAGCUGCGGGUGGCACAGAAGGUUUUGGCCAGCGAGGUCGGGGAAGGCGUCGAUGUCCAGCAGCUCCUGUCCUUGCCGGGGACCUGGAGGGGUCGGGCUCAACAAAUUCUCGUUUUGCAAAGCAAGGUUCGAGAGCUUGAGAAGCAGCUGGGCCAGGCCCGGAGCCAGUCUGCAGGAACAGCCAGUGAUGAGUUGUCUGUGUAUCCAGACCCGAGGAAGCUGUCGGCACAGGAGAAACACCUGCAGAGGAUCCGCGGCUUGGAGAGGGAGAAGCAGGAAGGCCUGGAGAAACUUGCCAGUGAGCGGGACGCCCUCCAGAGAGAGCUUGAGGACCUGAAAAAGAAGUGUGAGGGCCUGAGGUCUCGGAACAAGGUGCUGGCGAGUGAGGUGAAGACCCUCAGGAGUCAGAUGGGGACCCUGGUGGAGAAGGGCCGGCAUGACGAUGAGCUCAUCGACGCCCUCAUGGACCAGCUGAGGCAGCUACAGGAGACCCUCGGCAGCCUGAGUCUGAAGGAGGAGAAGACGCGACUGUCCCAGCACCAUGUGGACCAGCAGCUGAACAGCGAGGCCCAACGGAACAGCAGCCUUGUGGCCCAGCUGCAGGCCAUGGUGGCCGAGCGGGAGGCCAGAGUGCAGCAGCUGGAGAUGGAGGUCGGGCGACUUGGUGUGCAGUAUCUUCGGAAUAAUGGAGCGGGCGAGGGGCCCGGCGUUCCUGAGGUCAGCCCUGCCUGUGCCCAGUUCCUGGAGGACCCAGACCUGGCCAAGCGCCCGACCUCGGCCGGUGACCGCGCUGGCAGGCUGGGGUCUUCUCGCUCUGUGACCAGCCUGGGCCACACACUGGUGGAAUCUGCUCUCACGAGGCCUUCCCUGCCCAGUCCCCACAGGAGCUCGCCUAGGUUCUUGGACUCCCCAGAACAGAAAGGCUGGCAGGCACGCGUGGCGGAGGUGAAGGCCCUCUGGCAGGCCGCUGAGGUGGAGCGUGACCGGCUCUCCGAGUUUGUCACCGUCCUGCAGAAACGGGUGGAGGAGAGCAGCGGCAAGCUCCUGGAGUCGGAGAGGAAGCUGCAGGAGGAGCGGCACCGCACUGUGUUGCUGGAGCAGCAACUGGAGAAGACGCGCCUGGAGCCGGGGAGGGCGUCAGCCUCGCAGAGAGCGGUCCCCAGGACCAAAACAGGUCUGCUCACCUCCAACGCCAGGCACAACCCAGCCGGAAGCGAGAAGAAGGACACGUCCUCUGCCCAGCUCUCCAACACGCCCACAGACUCCCAAAUGGAAGAGCUGACAACCAGGCUGGCCGUCCAGGAGGAGGAGAAUGAAAUGCUAAAGGCUGCCCUGGCCAGUGCCCUUCAGGGAAAGGAGGAGGACUUCCGGAUGUACCACGAGAUCCUGGGCCAGGUGAAAAGUGUCUUCCUGCAGGCCCUGCGGCAGCAGAAGACGGACAAGCAGUAGGUGACAGCCCAGUGUCGGCCUGGCCAGGGGGGCAGCCUCGGGUCCCCCAUAGCCACACACCCCAGCUCCAUCUGCUCCGGGAAGCCAGCCCAGGGCAGCCAGCUCAGCUGCCUCCACCAGAAGAGGCUCCUUCAGGAUGACGAAAACCGACACCUCAGGCCAGGAGGGCAGAAGAGAAGCCCUGGAGGGACACUGAGAGACCCUGGGCCAGCCGGGCUACAGCAGCGGAGAGGCACGGUGGCCCGCUGGCAGAGGCGAGAGCUCCGGGACAGCAAGGCGGCUGUGGACGGACGGACGCGUCCCUUGGGCAGGUGCUCACCACCCUCGUCCUAGGCACCCGCCAUGGAUACCCCGUGGCCCCACACAGGAGAGCCCUUGGUUACUCUGGCUGGGCACGUCCCUCGCCACUCAGCCCACCCUGUCCCUCACCCCGUCUCGGCUCCAUCUGUGCUGUCCACGCCCUGCACAGACUUGGGGCACGGUGUCCUCAGCUGGAUUGUCAGGCGCCCUCAGGUUCUGCCCCAGACGCAGACCCUCGGACUUGUAAUAAUAAGUAUUUUCAUAGUCACCGCAGCUCCCAGUGAGUAGCAUCUGCUGCGGAAGCCUGGCCCCACCUAGUCCUCUAGAAACCUAGGGGAUUGUCACCCUGUUUGACAGAUGAAGAAACUGAGGGUCGCAGAAGCUGAACUAAUAUUUAACUGCAGUCCACCUGACCCAAAACCAGGGUCUUGUCGUUGAGAGGUUAGCCAGGGUCGGCGUGCCCACCCGCCACUGGGCAGCCCCACCCCAGGCAGCUGCCCCGAGCACCUCCUCCUGCUCACCAAGACUGCAGCUGGUGGGUGCUGGUGGCAGAGGGCCGGGCGGGGCUCGGCUGGAGCUUCAGGCAGCGGGGUUUUGAGGCAGUGGCUCCAGCUGAAGGUACAGUGCACCUUCCUCGCCACGGUGGUCUGGGAGGGCUGCUGCAGGGGACCCCGAGGGUCUGCAGGCCUCUGUGUGACUGUCACAGUGUUGCCCUUUCUCAGCUGUAACUACGCCAUGACAGCUACAGGAAUGAGUGUCUCCACAGAGGGUCCCCCAUAGCAACACACCCUAACCUCAGAUACCCCGGCCACACACGUGCACCCAAAGGCCCACACAAUGCUGCAGAGGCACACAAAUACGAUUCAGGAGCGUGCAGCUGUGCACACACACAGGCCUCUGCAUGUGCACACCACGGAGAGCCUGGUGCAGAAGAGCACACACGUGGCUGUGGACACAUUCCCACAGGUGAAGGCACAGCCACGUGUGUGUUUCUUGUGCAGGGACGAACAAACACCGGUGCCCCUACUGUGAAAACACCCCCUUCCCCAGGAAAAGCCACGGGGCUCCUGGAACCUGUCUUCUCAGCCCCUUCCUUGGGGGUGGGCUCCGGAGGGACUUGGUGCCAGCUGCCACUCCUCAGGAAGCCUCUGACCCUGCGUGGAGCUCCUGCAGCCAGGUAGAGCAACGGCAACUGAGAUGAGCUGGUGAUUCUCGAGGGGCCCUAGGCGUCUCUGGGAAGGAAGAGUUUUUCUCUGGUUCCUUGUGAAGGAAAAUGGCCAGGCAGAGAGUCAGGAGAGAGAGGGUCUGUGCUGGGAGGGGACAGUGUGUGACAGUGAGGGGUGGGCCUCAGGGAUGCUGGGUCUGAACACCUUCUCCUGCAGCACUGGGGAGCCCCGGAGGGUGGUGAGUGUGUGGGGUGCAGGCUCCGGCCUCAGGGCAGCUCAGGGAGUGAGAGGCAGGUGCAGGACCAGCCGUUUUUCCUCAGGGUCACCUCAGGGAAGUGCAGAGGUGGCGUGCCCUACACGCCAGCCUUUCCAGGGUGGUUCUGCUGCCCUUCCUGGGCUAGAUCUGAGAGAGGAAGGGGGGUCAGUCAUGGAGUCUGAACAGGUGGGGGUGCCUGGGGCAUGCUUUUGUCCCCACCUACCAGCUGUGUGGCCUUGGGCAAGUAGUGUAACCUCUCUGAUCCACCACAUUCUCAUCUAUAAAAUGGGGACAAUAAAAUCCUCCCUGGGGGGGCUGUUAUUAACAUACGUGUCAGUGGCCCAAAGUCGUUUCUGUAAUUAUUAGUUCUCUGUU